CUUGCUCCCGCAUACAGACAUGAAUAAGACCAUUUUCUUCAUUUGAGAGCAUGAUUUCGCAGUAAUAAGUUAAUCCCUUCAACGCUUCUGAGCCACUACUUUAAUCUUCUUCAGUUCCCCCGAUAUUUCUUGAAUUUUAGAGUUGCUUGGGCUUGGAAGUCUCCAGUAAAAAGGAGUCAAAACAGUUGAAGGUUGCGCUGCUGAGCGGACUUAGUCACUUUUGAGAAAUUGUUUGAAUUCGGAUAUACGGGAAUGGUUAUCAACGGGUGCUAGUAUAGGGGGUGGCAGAUGGUAUUUGUAUCAAGAUGACUGUAACUGACUGGAAUAUACAUUCAUGGGAUCUCCUGAUAAUAAUAAAUUGUCUGAGAUAGUUGAUAGAGUGAGGUCAUGGAUACCGCGCAGGAUGGAGCCCACAAAUGUUUCGAGAGACUUCUGGAUGCCAGACCAAAGCUGCAGGGUGUGCUAUGAGUGUGACUCUCAAUUUACUGUUUUUAAUCGCAGGCAUCAUUGUCGUCUUUGUGGUCGUGUGUUUUGUGCUAAGUGCGCUGCAAACUCUAUUCCUGCCCCCUCUGAUGAGUCAAGGACAGGUUGGGAAGACAGGGAGAAGAUUAGGGUCUGUAACUAUUGCUUUAAGCAUUGGGAGCGGGGGAUGACCACGGCUGAUAACGGGAUGACAACAUCCAGCCCAGUCCUUAGUCCAUCUCCUUCGUCAACAAGUUUAAUUAGUUCAUAUUCGAGCUGCACCUGUAACAGCGGCUGCAGUAUUGGUUCAACUCCAUAUUCAAUGGGCCCUUUCCAGCAUGUUACAUACAGUUCUGAUCAGAGCCCGCAUCAAGCUAAUCAAAUGGAUGAAGUUAAUGCAAGACAUUAUGGACCAUCAUGUCCUGGAAAAUCAGACUCGAACAAUAUAAGUGAUCAUCUUAGUGAUGAGUUUGGCUCGUGUAACAGUGCCAGGAAUGGUGGUGAGGAUUAUGAUUACAGUGUAUAUAGGCUGCAUUCACAACCUAGUCACCUCUCUUCUGGUGAAGUCUAUUACAGUUCUGGCAGCUGUGGUGAUAUCAAUAAUGAUUAUGGAGUGGACGACGUGCAGCCUAAUGGGGAAAAAAAUGAAGCAAGUAUGAGCUCCACCAUGAUGCCUGAGAAUACAGAAACACAUAUCUCACAAAUUAAGGAAAUGCUUGACAAAGAAGCAGAGGGGUUGAAUAAUGGUUGUAUUGAUCAAGUUCCUUCUCCAUCCAACAUCAAUGGUACAGCUGCUGAACCACUGGACUUUGAGAAUAAUAGCCUACUCUGGCUCCCUCCAGAGCCAGAAGACAAGGAGGAUGAACAAGAUGCUCUUCCAUUUGAUGAUGAUGAAGAUGCUAGAGAUGAUGCUGCAGGAGAGUGGGGUUACUUGCGGUCUUCAGGGAGCUUUGGCAGUGGGGAGCAUCGUAAUCGCGAGAGAUCAAUUGAGGAGCAUAAGAAGGCGAUGAAAUAUGUGCUUGAUGGGCAUUUUAGAGGUUUGAUAGCUCAGCUUCUUCAAAUUGAGAACCUGCCUGUCAAUGUGGAAGAUAGCAAAGAAAGUUGGUUGGACAUAAUUACCUCUUUAUCCUGGGAAGCUGCCACACUUUUGAAGCCUGAUACGAGCACGAGUGGGUGCAUGGAUCCUGGUGGAUAUGUGAAAGUAAAGUGUAUAGCUUGUGGACAUCGUCGUGAGAGUAUGGUGGUUAAAGGGGUUGUCUGUAAGAAAAAUGUGGCCCAUCGGCGGAUGACGUCAAAAGUUGAUAAACCCCGAUUGUUGAUCCUUGGAGGGGCCCUUGAGUAUCAGCGGGUGGCUAAUCACUUGUCAAGUUUUGAUACUUUGUUGCAGCAGGAAAUGGACCACUUGAAGAUGGCUGUUGCAAAGAUUGAUGCCCAUCACCCAAAUGUCCUUCUAGUAGAAAAAUCAGUUUCCCGAUUUGCACAGGAAUAUCUUCUUGCAAAAGACAUAUCUCUCGUUCUCAAUAUUAAGAGGUCACUUCUGGAGCGUAUAGCCCGCUGCACUGGAGCACAAAUAGUGCCUUCAGUUGACCAUCUUGCAACACAGAAGCUGGGAUAUUGUGACUCAUUUCAUGUGGAGAAGUUUCUUGAAGUGCAUGGCAGCGCAGGGCAAGGCGGGAAGAAAUUGACAAAGACAUUAAUGUUUUUUGAGGGCUGCCCAAAGCCAUUGGGUUUUACUGUUCUAUUGAAGGGUGCCAAUGGGGAUGAAUUGAAGAAAGUGAAGCAUGUAAUGCAGUAUGGAGUUUUUGCCGCUUAUCACUUGGCUCUUGAGACGUCCUUUCUUGCUGAUGAAGGUGCUUCUCUUCCAGAAUUCCCUCUGAAGUCUCCAGUAAAAGUUGCUUUACCUGAUAAACCAUCCGGUAUUGACAGAUCGAUUUCCACUAUACGGGAAUUUACCGUGGCUCAUGAUAAUUUUGACUCCAAGCAGCCAAAUCAAUCUAGCUGCAACAUUUUUUCACAUAACACAUCAUCUAAUGGUUGUCUACUACCCGAAGAAAAGUCUAGUUUGUCUGAAGGUUCUAACUCAAUACGGAGUGCUCAGAACCAUGUGAAUUCUCUCAGUUCUUCUCAUUGUUUAAGAGAUACAGUUUCAGAUUGUCACCGAGAAGAGUUCUGUGGUUAUCCUGCUUCAAAUGAGAGGGAGAAGGUUCAGCUGUCUCUGGAGGCGUCCUCUGUGUGCAAACCAUCAGAAAUCUGCACUAGGAAAGUGCAAGAGGAUAGUUUGAAUUCUAGUUGUUCUUGUAACUCUGAAGCAGUGGGUAAAGGACAUUGCUAUUUACAUUCUGUUGAACAUUGUUUACCUUCAAAUUCAAGCAUUUUUGACCACCUUAAUGAGGUUGCAUUUCUCAAAGGGGAGUUUUCUUCUUCAGCUUCUGACAAUCAGAGCAUUUUGGUAUCACUCAUGACACGCUGUGUUUGGAAAAGGUCUGUAUGUGAACGUGCUCAUCUUUUUCGUAUAAAGUAUUAUGGAACCUUUGAUAAGCCCUUGGGCCGGUUUCUACGCGACAAUUUGUUUGAUCAGAACUAUCGAUGUCACUCAUGUCAAAUGCCAUCUGAAGCACAUAUACAUUGCUAUAGUCAUCAGCAAGGCAGUCUUACAAUUUCCGUGAGGAAACUGCCGGAAUUUUUCUUGCCAGGGGAGCAAGCAGGGAAAAUCUGGAUGUGGCACAGGUGUCUGAGAUGUCCUCGAAUCAAUGGAUUCCCACCUGCCACCAAGAGGAUUGUAAUGUCUGAUGCUGCCUGGGGCUUAUCUUUUGGAAAAUUUUUGGAACUCAGCUUUUCCAACCAUGCUGCUGCAAGCAGGGUUGCAAGCUGCGGUCAUUCCCUCCAUAGAGACUGUCUCCGCUUUUAUGGUUUUGGGAGGAUGGCUGCUUGUUUCCAAUAUGCACCCAUCAAUGUCCACUCUGUGUAUCUCCCACCACCAAAGCUUGAAUUCAACUAUGAUUUUCAGGAAUGGAUUCAGAAAGAAGCUGAUGAGGUCUGCAGCAGAGCAGAACUUUUGUUUGCUGAGGUGGUCAAAUCUCUUCAUCAGAUAACAGAAAAUAUCCGACUCGAUAACGGCAAUAAAGCUCCACGAGUUAUGGAGCGAAAAUCUGAACUGGAAGGAGUGUUACAGAAGGAGAAAAAGGAAUUUGAGGAAUUGCUAGAUGAAGUGCUUUAUAGGAAAGUUAAAGCUGGUCAACCUGCAGUUGAUAUUCUUGCGGUAAAUAGAUUAAGGAAGCAGCUGAUCAUUCAUUCUUACAUUUGGGACCAGCGGUUAAUACAAAUGAAUAAUCUCAAUGAUAACAAUCUCCGUGGAGGGAGCAGUUCAACGCCUAAAAUGAAGGGCAAAACUGUUAGUUCUGGUUCAAAUACAUCUGAGAUGGCAGUGACUUCCAAGCCGAGUAAAGGCUUCAGUAGUUGUGAUUCUUUUCUUUUGAAUUUGAAGCCUGAUGUAACAUUUAUUCAAGGUGGAUAUGGCAACUUUUACUCACCUGAUGGGGAUCACAAUAGAAAUGACAUGGAUGAAGGCUCAUACUGUCAGAAGGAUAAUGAGGUUAAUCAGCCUUCUGGAACAAAUAGCAAUGAUGAAUUUGGCCCAGAGUCUCUUAAAACCGUCAGACGGGUCCACUCUGAUGGGCAGAUCCCCAUUGUGGAAAAUUUAUCUGAUACACUUGAUGCUGCAUGGACAGGUGAUAGCCACUCACUAGGUACAACUUCUAAGGGUAAUGGUUCCUCAAUUUCUGAUUUUUGUCUUACAGAUGCUUCAAGUCUCAAUGGCACCAAGGCUAACCAAGAUAUUGAAAUUAGUGGAACUGUACAAGGUGGGGUUGAAUAUCAAGAUUCUUUUUUCUCUCUGUCGUCUACAAAGGGGCCUGAAAACAGGGAAAACUCCAGAAGUUGGAUCACCAUGCCCUUUUUGAAUUUGUAUAAUUCAUUCUUAAAGAGUUCUACGGCAAAUGAAGACAAGCUUGAUAAGAUUAGCACUUAUAAUCCUGCUUAUAUCUCUUCAUUUCGUGAUCUGCUGCAUCAAGGUGGUGCCAGGGUUCUGCUACCUGUAGGCAUUAACGACACUGUUUUACCUGUUUAUGAUGAUGAACCUACCAGCAUUAUAGCAUAUGUUCUUGUCUCACCAGAUUACCAUAAUCAAAUGUUGACUGAACCCACAAAGGAUGGGCUGCAUUCUCCUUCUUCAUUCCCAUUCUUGGAGUCAGCAAAUUUACUUUUGCUUCCUUCACUUGAUGAGGCAGCUUCAGGAUCCCUUAGAAGUCUUGGGUCAACUGAUGAAAGUGUUUUGUCAGUGUCUGGAUCUCGAGGCUCGUCAACUUUGGAUCCAGUUGUUUAUACUAAUGCAUUGCAUGCCAGAGUAUCUUUCUCAGAUGAUGGCCCUCUUGGGAAGGUUAAGUACUCAGUUACUUGUUACUAUGCCAAGCAAUUUGAAGCUUUAAGACGAAGUUGCUGCCCCUCUGAAUUAGAUUUCAUACGAUCUCUCAGUCGUUGUAGGAAGUGGGGUGCACAAGGUGGCAAAAGUAAUGUCUUUUUUGCAAAGACUUUGGACGACCGUUUUAUUAUUAAGCAGGUUACAAAAACAGAACUGGAAUCAUUUAUUACUUUCGGACGAGCUUAUUUCAAGUACUUGUCCGAAUCUCUUAGUACUGGAAGCCCAACUUGCCUGGCAAAGAUCUUGGGUAUCUAUCAGGUCACCUCAAAGCAUCUGAAAGGGGGAAAGGAAUCAAAGAUGGAUGUUUUGGUAAUGGAGAAUCUUCUCUUUGGGCGUAAUAUUGUGAGACUAUACGACCUGAAAGGUUCUUCUCGAUCACGAUAUAAUCCAGAUUCAAGUGGAAGCAAUAAGGUUCUUCUUGAUCAAAACCUGAUAGAAGCAAUGCCAACUUCUCCAAUAUUCGUAGGACCCAAAGCAAAGAGGUUGCUGGAGAGAGCCAUAUGGAACGAUACUGCAUUUCUUGCUUCAAUAGAUGUAAUGGACUAUUCACUGCUGGUUGGCAUGGACGAGGAGAAGCAUGAGUUGGUAGUUGGGAUUAUUGAUUUUAUGAGGCAGUAUACGUGGGACAAGCACCUUGAGACCUGGGUAAAGGCAUCUGGCAUCCUUGGAGGGCCCAAGAAUGCAACUCCAACUGUAAUAUCUCCAGGUGAAUACAAGAAAAGAUUCAGGAAAGCCAUGUGUGCUUAUUUUCUAAUGGUACCAGAUCAGUGGUCUUCGUCAACAGUUACUGCCAGUAGAUCCGAAUCUGAACUAUGUGAAGAAAGUUUGCAAGGUGGUGUGCUUCUGAGUUGAUUUCAUUGUGUAGGAUUCCAAGGUGCAAGGUAGAUGUAGGAUUUUCCUUAUUUCCUGUAUAUUCUCUUCCUUCAUUUAUUCCCCCAACCUUCUACCCAAGUUAGUUGAUAGCAUCGCCAUGAAAUUGGUAUAUUCUUUAUUUUUUAUACAAAACAGUGAUAAAAGGAUAUUUCUAACUUGGGGGACUUUCUCAGAAGGUUUUCCUGAGAUCAUCUUCCUCAAGUAUCAUGAAAGUCAUUAUGUACAGUUGGCUGUUAAUAAAAUUUGUUCUCUCUUUUCAAA